GAGUGUGUGCCAUUUGCUGAUAUUCCUACGUGACAGUUAACCACUUUAAAAAAUUACACAACCACUGAGAGCCAAAAACUCAAGGUUCAACUAUUGUUAGCCAUCACUUGGUUUCUGGAACAUUUUUAGUAAGGAAGAAGUGAGUGUCUGUGUAGACUGAACGCCGGAGACAAUGGGAGACUGGGGGUUUCUCUCGUCUUUACUGGACAAGGUGCAGUCCCACUCUACUGUCAUUGGCAAGAUAUGGAUGAGCGUGCUCUUCAUCUUCAGGAUCCUCGUCCUGGGGGCAGGAGCGGAGAGCGUGUGGGGGGAUGAGCAAUCUAGUUUAGUCUGCAAUACGUUGCAACCCGGCUGCGAGAACGUGUGCUACGACUGGAAGUUUCCCAUCUCCCACAUCCGCUUCUGGGUCAUGCAGAUCAUCUUCGUGUCCACACCGACUCUGGUGUACCUGGGCCAUGCCAUCCAUGUGAUCCACCAGGAGAACAAGCUGAGAGAGAAAAUACAAAGACAGCUUCACAGCAAGGGCUUAAAGGGACCCAAAUAUACAGAUGACAAAGGCCAUGUUAAGAUCAAGGGGAACCUUCUAGGCAGCUAUCUAACCCAGUUGUUCUUCAAGAUUAUCUUAGAGAUUGCUUUCAUUGUCGGACAGUAUUAUUUGUAUGGUUUCAUCAUGAUCCCCCAGUUUGCUUGCUCCAAAAAGCCUUGCCCCUACACAGUAGAGUGUUUCAUGUCUCGUCCCACUGAGAAGACCAUCUUCAUCAUCUUCAUGCUGGUGGUGGCAUGCGUGUCCCUGCUACUGAAUGUGACUGAGGUCUUUUACCUGUUGUGCACCAGGGUUAGGUGUCGCUCCCGAAGGCGACGCGUUCCCAACGCCACGUCAGCCGAGAAUCCUGCCAGCUUGUCCGUAUCAUGGCAGCCACGGGUGGAGGCUGAACUUGCACUGAAGCAAAACAGUCUGAAUAUACAGAUCCAGAGUGGACAGAGUUCUUCUGCCAGCAGUGAUGGUCUGAAGGAGGACAAAAAGUUAUUAGAGGGCCAUUAAAUGUGGUACCCCCCGUGCCAGAUUAAGCCAGUGGUUUUAUCCACAGCAUUUCUUAAGCAUUUGUUGAUAUUUCUGAAUGUACUCUUAUAAAUGUGAACUAUAAUCAAACUGUCAUUUAAAAUUUGCAUAUCCAGAUAAAAAAUAAAUUUUUUUAUUGUUUUUAAUGUAUUUUGGCAUUGUUUUGCUAUUGCAUGUAUUCACUGAAAGUAACUUAUAAUAAAGCACUUGAUAUCACCAAAGAA